GUGAAUCAGCCAUGAAAUGUUGAUGAUGUUGGCAGCCAUGUUGGGUGAAAAAUACAAUGGCGGUUACAGUGAUUUAGAUUCAGUAAUAAUGUGUUUUAUGCGUUAAAUAUGUUCAAAAUGUAUUCUUCAAUGUGAAAUGAAUUAUCUUGCUUUGUUUUCUACAUGGAAGAAAUAGCAAGCUGGGCAUAUGAAGAUGAUGGAGCCAUCUGUGGUGGGAUGGAUGAGAUGGUGGUCUCCAUGGCUACCUCCAAUGGAUACCAGAAUGUGUCUGCUGACCAUGAGGAGAGGGAUGAAGAGUUCGGAGAGUUUGCUCCCUUGGUGAUGGAUACUGAAGCAGUGGACACACAACUAGAACCAGUCCAUGGUCGGGCCCAGUCACCAAGAAAUCUCAAAAUCCACAGCGAUUUCUCCACAAACUCACAUAUUCAACGCCCCGAACCUCUAAAACCUCAAAUCCUGGCGCAACCACCGCAUUUGAUGCCUUACGUCUCAUUGGCCAACAUCCAGACCUCGAUUUCGGGUUUACCAACAUGGACCUCCGAUGGUAACAAGAGCAUUCCAAAUGUAUGUUAUUCUGUUCCACCAUCUCCAUCAAAAUCCGCGUUCUCGCUUGCAAGUGAGAUGAGUGAGCAUCCUUCUCCUGCCUCCACGCCAAACAACGGCGGGAAUGCAGACGAGUCGUCUCGAUCCAGCAGUACAACGCCAUCUUUGAACUUGGCACGGCGUGGGGCGAAGGUAACACGGACUGUUGAGGACGAUGCCGAUGAAAAUGACGAAAAUCUGGAUUAUGAUUCAGAUUAUGAUGAUCUUGAAGAGUUACUUAGUGAACUAAUAAGACAUAAGAUUUUACCAGUGUCUGACGAGGAUGGGGAGAAGUUUAUCUGCCCAGUGUGUAACACGUCCCUGCUGAAUCUACACGACCUUACCGUGCAUAUUAGAUCACACAACACCCCAGCCUCCGGAACACAAUCAAACUCGUGUAAAAUCUGCGGCAAAGUCCUCAGCUCACAGAGUUCAUUGGACAGACAUAUGCUCGUGCAUUCUGGUGAGAGGCCAUUUAUUUGCAAAGUAUGUAAUAUGUCUUUCACAACAAAUGGGAACAUGCAUCGACACUCCCGAAUACAUACCAAAGAAGAAAACCUGAAAUCACUUGGGGCUCAGUUUCAACGACGUUCAGGAAAGGCAGCCUGGCCCCAGCGUGUCAGGAACUUCCUGAGUCAGCAGAAAUUGGUAAACUCCCCACCUGCCCAUGAUAUCCUGAAAAAUCUGCCAAAUCAUUCCCAGCAUUCCGUGUUUGGGUCACCUGCAGACAUGACGUCACCCAUGCAGCCCGUGGCCGGGAUGAAGCGCCAGUUUAGUGGGACUGACAUGGCCUCUGACUGGCACAUGGCUUUCAAACGACCAACUUUUGAAACUCGCGAUGAUGAAUUGUUGUUGCCCAAGAAUGAAGUUGUUGGAAUGAGAUCCAUUAAACAGGAGCCUAAGGAGGAACCUAUGAAUUCUGAGGAACAAGAAGAGAAAGAAGUCUUACACUGCCCAGUGUGUCCAAAGACAUUCCUUUGCAAGUAUGGGCUUGAGUCGCACAUGGAAUCUCACCCAGACUUGUCUAGCCACUGCAACCUAUGCAACAUUACGUUCAAGAAUCAGCGCAAGCUUCGCCAUCAUCGCCUCAUUGCUCACACAGAUAUGGUCCAAUCAAAAUCACCAGAAGAGGGCGCUGUUGAACCGGGUGAGGUUAAAGGCGAAACUUCACAGCAGGAAUUGAAAGUUGGAUUUGAUGAUCUCACAUUCGUGGAUUUUUCUGUUGAGAAAUUUCCACUUAUUGCUAAGCAUUACUUUGAAGAAAAUGUUCGACAAUCAAGCAGUGCCUAUUUAAAUUUCAUGUGUACCAUUUGCUCGAAAUCAUUCCCAUGUGAAUCUAGUCUGAUUUUACAUACCUAUUCACAUUCCAAGGACAAGUGUACCACUUGUCCAAUCUGUAACUGUGAUUAUGCUGAUGUUAAUGAAUUUGACGCUCACGUGUCGAAACACUUGUCAGACAAAGCUUUUGAUGACAUCCGUCCGUCUGCCAGGAACGAAAAAGGAGAUGAAGAUGUCAUGCCUCACAGAUUGUCAAAGCAUGAUUUCAUGGCAAUGUUUCUUCUGAAAGAAGAUGAAGACCGAAUAGUAGAUCAAAAACAAACCCCUCAAAAAGAGGCACCUAAGCCAAUCAAAAUGGAGAAGCUCACAAACAAUGAAUACUUUGCCAAGCUGGGUCAGGCCUUUGUUCCUGGAAUUCCACCCAUGUUUGGCCAGUUUCCAGUGUUCCCUGCCGGCUACCAGCCAACCUUGGAUGACUUUCACAAGAUGCUGCAAGUCGCUACUAACAUGAACAUGCUCCCGAGCAUGGGACCAGGUCUCCUGAUGAAAGGGUUUCCUGUGCCAGGUCAAGGUCAAACUCAAGGUCAGCCUGCAGACGACAUUUCAAGUGCAUCAAGGCGCUCCAUUUCCGUCUCCCCACCAUCAAGUAGUGCAUCAUCCACGUCAACACCAAAACCAGCGUACAUGUUUAACACUCCUUCCCAGACACUGCCGUCCGGAAAAGGAGAGUCGGGUAACUUCUUCUCCCCGGAAAGGGAGAUCAGUGAGAUUAAAAUGAAGAACUCUGCCAACAGCAGUGGCCUCCCUUGCAAGUACUGUGACAAGACCUACAAAGACUAUCAAUCCCUCCAGCACCACAUGAGAAGCCAUGUUGGACUUUCAACCUACCAGUGUAACCUGUGUACGUACUCAAGCUCAGACAAGAGUUCGUUGAUACGCCAUGUCCGGUCUCACAGUGGGGCCCGUCCAUUCCAGUGCGUGGUCUGUGAUUUCUCCUUCUCCAUCAGGAGCAACUGUGAAAGACACAUCAGGAAUAAGCAUAACAUUAUGGACCAUGGUGAACUGGAGAGGGCAAUAUUUGUCAACAGAUUUGCUCUUGAGUCAUCUAACACUGAGGACUUCCAUUCUCCUGACACCGUUUGCAAAUACUGCGGAGUUGAUUUCAAAUUCUUCCGCAAGCUGAAAAGUCAUCUUUGUACUUCUGGAGUUACCCAGCAGAAGCCGUAUGGAUGCCGACUGUGCAAUAUGGGUUUCUGUGCCAAGUCCAACUGCAUGAGACACCUGCAGAAAUAUCACCCAGAAAUCAACAACAAUGAGAUCACCAAUUUCAUCCACAUUGAGCCAUUCCCAUCUGAGGAUAACGAUAGCCACUCUGUUUGCUCUGAUGAUGGUGUUCCGUUGUACACAGAGGAGAGCAAGCCCCAACAUGAGGCUUCCACAGGAACCCCCCCUGCGGCACACUCCACGCCUCGAUCCAGCAGCUUGCCGGGCCGUGAAGGCCGCCAUGUUUCACCCAAUAGACACGAGUCUCCGGUCAGACUGGUUUCUCCAUCAUCAUCGACUUCAUCGCAGGCUUCUAGAAGCAGUGGAAGGCUUGAACCAUUCACAAGAUUGUUUGAUGCCCCCCUGGACUUCAGCAUGAAACCGGAACCAGUCCAUAGGAAGCAGAUCGCUGGUGUAGAGACGGAAAGCAAAGGGGAGGAAACUCCUAUUGAUCUCUCAGUGAAGAAGCAAUUCCCUCAGGCUAUUGCUCCAAAACUUGUGCCGGACACAAUGUUCCAGUGCAUGUUCUGCCAACAAGGUUACUCUGACAUGCACGCUAUCGAGCGACACAUGCGCAAGUCACAUGACGUGUCCAUCACGAGUAACCCGGCUCUCGCGGCGGACCAGUCAGCCAUCCCGAUGUUCUCCAGCGACGGGAAGGUUCUACUGCCACCAAAGUCUGGAUCGUUCUAUGCUAACAAGGGACUGUACCCUGGCGGAAAGGCCUCAAAGCUGAUUCAACCAAAGCAGAAAAGCGUGACCUUGCAAGGUCUCCAGGAGAAAUUGUUGAAGAAGGAUCAGCCUCUGUCUGGUUCUGAGACUGAUCUAGCUUCCAUUACAAAGAUGAUUAAUGCCACCGACCCAUUGAACUUCCAAGCCUUCUUCACACCGGUUAAAACCACCGAAGCCCCAGUAUUGCUACAAAACACUCCCACACUAAAAGUGCCGACCACGACAAAAUUCCCGCACAUCAUGAAGCGUCCAGGGAUCCAGAUAUCUCUGGAGCACUGCAAGGCUAUCAAUCGUGAACUAGAUAAUCUACAGCGGGAAGGAGACGUUGACGAGGCUGCCCUGUCUCAGGUUCGAGAGAUGGCCCUGUCUGUCAAGGAGGAGGUCGUGAACUCUGCCCCGUUGCCCGCGGCAACCUCCAGUAACGGGCUCCCUCAGAGCAGCCCAGUGUCAAGUGUUCAGGCUGACAGCAUGCAUGAGGAUGAUAACUCUGGCGAUGGGUCCAAUGCCAGUCUCUCGGGGGACAAGACGGGGGAAGCCCUGCCCAAGAAGAAGCGUAACUCUUACGCGGACUCCCCCCACAAGCUGGCCUGCCCAUACUGCCCACGGGCCUUCCCAUGGGUCUCCUCACUGACCAGGCACCUCCUCACACAUACAGGUCAGAAACCAUUUAAAUGUCCCCGCUGCCAGGUGACCUUCUCAACAAAGUCUAACCGUGAGCGCCACCUGAUCAGAAAACACGGCGUCAACAUGCUGGACCCCCUCUCGCGACAGACAAUGGACCGGCCCUACAAGUGCCCCCUCUGUGUCUUCAGUUCCUUCUCCACCCAGAGCAACCUCCUCAAGCACUACAAGGACCGCCAUAAUGGUGCGAACCUUCCAGAUAGCAUCGCCGACAUUGAAAGAAUGUCCCCGUCCGCCAUUCGUGCAGCCACCAUGGAAAUGGAGAUCAGAGCAGCUGAAAACCCGCCCCUUGCCUCAGACGACUCUGCUCAGAUGAAUGCUGAGGAAGAUGAGGAUGACUUUGAUAACAGCUCCUAUGAAAAGAUGGAUGACGAUGCUUCUUUGUUUAAUGAAAUGGACAAAUGCGAGGAUAGUUUGUCGGAAAAAUCUGAUAACUCUAUGUCCGUGCCUUCUCUGGUAUCUUCGGUGCAGGUUUCUGAAGUGUCCAUGGCCCCUCACCUGCUCAUGGCUAUGCCACACCUCCAGAAAAUGAAGGAGCCGGAGAAAAAGGAAGCAAAGAAAGAGACAGCUGAGAAACUCGAAAGAGCCGAGAGCCCAAAUAGCAUAAAGAAAAGCAUUGAGAAGAUUAUUGCUGAGCAGAAGGCUAUUAUUGAGCAGAAAAACCAAAUGGAGGUUAAGAUUCAGGCUGAAAUCAGAGCUCACAUUGAGUCGCAGAGGAAGAUGGAAGAUGUAGCAGGGUCCCCUGGGUCAAUGGAUGGCAACCUGGAGUCGCCAGGAAUCUUUGAUCCAACCAGACCGUUCACAGGCUCGGCAGAGAGAAUCAUCAAUCCGGAACGAGACAAUUACGACGUCGAUAAGAUAACGGAGUGCUGGAAGUGCAAGGAGAUCUUCCCGUCCAGGAAAGUCCUGGUCCGCCACCUGAAGGAGCACAACAUAGACCUCCCGUACAAGUGCUACCUGUGCGAUGCCUCUUAUGAGAGCCGCGUGGAUUGCCUCAUCCACCAGGCGGACGCCCACGACUCCGACUGGAAGAUCCUCAAGGACAAGAACAAGGUGAACGAUAUUGAGAACUUCUCCACCCACAUGGACAAGGUGGUGGAAAACAACUGCAACAAGCUGGACACUGGGUCAGUGCUCGAGAUCCCUGGCUCAGGAAACGACGACACCAAGAUGGAGGUGAUAUCAGCCGACUACAUGCAGAGGAAGGUCUACUGCUCCCUGUGCCCCAAGAGAUUCUGGUCCCUGCAAGAUCUGCGCAGGCACAUGCGGUCUCACACUGGCGAGCGACCAUUUGAGUGUGACAUCUGUCAGAAGCGGUUCACGCUGAAGCACAGCAUGAUGAGGCACCGCAAGAAGCACGUGGGGGCACCACCACGGUCCUUUGAUGACGAGGAGGACUCUAACAUGUCCAGCAGCAUCGAAUCAACACAAAAGAGUAUCAAGUGCUCGACUGCAACCAGUCGUCCAGUGUUCACCUUCCAUCCAGGGUUUACUCUCACCUCUGCCCAGUCCAUCGCCCUUAGCAACUCCUACCUGUUCUCUCAAGGCCUGUCGGGACUUACCAGUGCCUCUGUUGGCAAUCUCGUGCCUGUAGUUGUGCCAUCAGGAAGUGGAUUGAAACUCAGCUCACAGCAGGAUCAAAUAGCUAAGAAGACAUUGGACAAGGACAAGUCUGCCCUGGAAGCGGUUAAAAAGGAUUUUCUGGACUGCAAUGCUGACAUGCUGCACAAUCUGCUGGGUGUAGAGUCCUCGGCAAUUGAAAAAAUGCUCGACAGUGCUGACGUGAAAUCUGCAGCAAAAUAUCUCGGUCUGGCUGAGGUGUCUUAGAAAUACCAACCCAAAUAUUAGGAUAAGUGGUUUUGAUCUUGUCAACAUUUAAUUUAAUAUUCUCAUUUUGUAAUAAUUGAAUAUACUAUUGUUUCACUGGGUUUGCGUGUUACCUUUACAAAUUCACAAACUUUUGAAUAAAGGUGUCAAUGUGUUUUACUUGAAAUGCACUGUUGGCAAUUGUGUUCAGUGAUAUUGCACACGAGUGUUGUCUUAACAUUAUGAUGGAUGUUCAAUGGGUCGGUGGUGGUCUUUGAAAAUCUUUUGAAUCUAUAUUAUCAUUUUUGAGUUCUUUUUAAAUGUAUACUUAUUAGAAUCUUAAUUUUCUAGAGCACCAAUCAUCAACAAACUUUUGUGUUCAGUGAUAUUGCACACGAGUGUUGUCUUAACAUUAUGAUGGAUGUUCAAUGGGUCGGUGGUGGUCUUUGAAAAUCUUUUGAAUAACUAUUUAUUGUUGUUUUGUUGUUAGCAUUAUUUAUUUUAUUUGUGUUUUUGUGCAUAUCAUUUUAAUAUUAAAUAUCAUUUUAUAUUAUUAUAAUGUUGGUUAAUUGGGUGCACCUGUCUCUGUACGUACUGGUACAUGUAUGUUGUCACAUGUAUAGGUAUAAUAAUUACGAGAUCACAUGUGAUUAUAAAUACAUAGAUUUUAUUAUGGAAACAAUAUUAUUACAUUAAAUCAUUUGCUUACUUCUGCUAUGUCUUUGUUGAGAUUUAUAAAUAACUCUGCUGACAUAGUGAUAUUAUAGGAAUAUAUUGUAUGCAUAUUAAACCAGAAUUUCAACUAGAAAUUAUUUUUUAUUUGUUAAAUGUUAUGUCUAGGCAGAAUAGAAACAAGAUGCAAACUAGAAAUAAAAAACAACAAGAAAAUCAAUAUUUGAUUUUUUUAUUGUGACUGUAUAUAGUGGUUUUUUUAUAUCAAUGUAUGGAAAGAAAUGUCUCAAAAUGUUAUUUGGACUAUUAUAUACAUAUAUAUUAAUCAUAUCAUGUUUGUGCCUGUGGUUGUAAGUGAUAUAGUUGUGUGUAAACUUUUAUUGUUAAUGAACCCUAUUGUUAUUUGUGUUCAUGUCUUGUAUGUGAAAUAAAUGUACUUAAUGUAUAUAUAAGUGCCCGUUAACACUUGAGUUUUGUUUGCCAAUACCACUAUAAGAAUGUAAUUGUACAUAAAUGUUCAACCUGACUUAAUGCUUGUUGCUGGUAAAUCACUUGUUUAAAAAUGGUGUGUGUUAGGUACAUAGAUAUAUUUUGGGGAUCAGAUAUUCAAUCUUUAUGUAAAGUUUUCAUGUUGUUGUUGUUUUUCAAUACAUUUCUGCAAAUUUUAAGAAGUGUUUUACACAAGUAUUCUAUAUAAAAAGUUUUUUAAUGAAAUGUAUCCAAAAUUGUACAUUUUGAAUAUUGUUUAAAAAUAUAUUAUGUUACAUGUAAAUAUUAAUACAUGCGUAUGUAUGAUGCAAGUAGAUCAUCUAUUACAUGCACCACUUCAGGUUAAAACAUGCAAAGACUUUUAGACAUUUCCUGCUUGUUACAUUCCUGUUAUUUCAGUAUAAAUGUUUAUCAUGAUAUGUAUGCAUACCACUAACCAAUCAACUUACAUUUUCAUCAUUCCGUUUUUGUGCUCAUACAUGGACGCAUCUAUGUAUUGUUAUAAGGAAUUAUCACAUGCCGUGCUGACAAUUGUCCGAUAACAUUCGAAGAUUUCUUUUGUCUGUGAUAUUAAAUAUAUAUAUACAACAUAUUGCUUGUUUUUGAUUGUUGUUUUUUGUUUUCAGAGGAGAAUUUCUUUUAUAAUUGUUCUGUGUGUCUGAUUUUAUGUUGUACCAGUGGUAUAUUUUGUGUAAAAACCAAGACAAUAUUUAGCAUAUGAAAAUGUUAAUUAUCAAUAUUUUUGAAAUUAUUACAACGAGUAAAUGUUUUGAGGGUGUGUUUAUGUGUAUAUGAGUCAAUUUGAUUACAUGUUGAAAUACCUGUAGCUUGGGUAGCUGUAGACAGAAUUAUUUAUUUAGUUUAGAGUUUAUACACGUUAUAGAUUUGUACAUAAACACAUUUGCACAUUCAAUGUUGAGGGAAAUGCAAACUGAUCUGAUUUUUUCUGAGAAUAAAAUACUAAAAAUGAAA